AUGGGCACCACUUCUUUCUUGACAAGGGUCCGAGGUCUGCUGCGCAUCCGGAAUCAGCUGGUGCGGGAAUGCCUGGCUGAGCUGCUGUCCACCUUCAUUCUCAUAACAAUCACCCUGGGCACAGCUGCACAGAAGGUCACCUUCUUUGAGACGAAGGGGAACAUCAUCACCAGUUAUGUGGGAAGUGCUAUGGCUGUCAUGGUGGGCAUCUACACAGCAGGGGGAAUCUCUGGGGCCCACAUGAACCCAGCAUUUUCCUUAGCCAUGUGCCUGAUUGAGCAGUUUCCCUGGUGGAAAUUUCCCAUCUUUGUGGUUGUGCAGACCUUGGCAUCUUUUAUAUCUGCUGGAGUUGUUUACAUCCUCUACUAUGAUGCCAUCUGGCACUACAGCAAUGGGACCCUUACUGUCUCUGGCCCCCGAGAAACUGCCUCCAUCUUUGCCACCUACCCAGCUGACAAUAUCUCCAUUGCCAAUGGCUUCUUGGACCAGGUGAUCGGUACAGGGGUGCUGCUGGUGGGUGUCAUGGGCCUUAUGGAUGCCCGCAACAAGCCUGUCCCCAAGGGCCUGGAACCAGUGGUUGUGGCUCUCUUGGUGCUUUCCAUUGAGUGCUCCAUGGGGGCCAACUGUGGCUGCCCCCUGAACCCUGCACGGGACAUUGGGCCCCGGCUCUUCACCUAUGUGGCAGGUUGGGGCCCAGAGGUCUUCAGCAGAGGCAAUGGGUGGUGGUGGGUGCCACUGGUAGCACCGCUGCUGGGGGCCACCGUGGGCACAUUCCUGUACCAGCUCUUUGUGGCUUUCCACUACCCGGAGGAGGACAGCGAAGUCCUGGCAGAGCAGGGCUCCAUCGUUCUAGUCAACACCAACAUCGAUGCAGAUAUUGGGAUAUCGCCCAAGGAGAAGGACACUGGGGAGAGAGUGCCUGCCGGGUAUCCCUCAGCACCAUGCGCCAGCAGCACAGUCUCCCUCACAGUCCCUGUCACAACAUUAAAAGAGUCCUGA